AUGGCUCUGGGCAGACGCCUCUCCCUGCGGGGACUCUGUGUCCUCCUCCUCGGCACCAUGGUGGGUGGUCAAGUACUGGAGCUGAGGCUGAAGGAUGGAGCCCACCGCUGUGAGGGGAGAGUGGAAGUGAAGCACCAGGGAGAAUGGGGCACAGUGGAUGAUCUGGAGUGGAGCUGGAAGGAUGCAUCUGUAGUGUGCAGACAGCUGGGGUGUGGAGCUGCUGUUGGUAUUCCUCAAGAUGCUUAUUUUGGGCCAGGACUUGGCCCCAUUUGGCUUUUGUAUACUUUGUGUGAAGGGACAGAGUCAACUGUCAGUGAAUGCAGGCAUUCUAAUAUUAAAGACUAUCGUAAUGGAAGCUAUUUCCAUGACUGGGAUGCUGAAGUAGUCUGCUCAGGAUUUGUGCGUCUGGCUGGAGGGGAUGGACCCUGCUCAGGGCGAGUAGAAGUGUAUUCUGGAGAAGCCUGGAUCCCAGUGUCAGAUGGAAACUUCACACUCCCCACUGCCCAGGUCAUCUGUGCAGAGCUGGGGUGUGGCAAGGCUGUGUCUGUCCAGGGACAUGAGCUCUUCAGAGAGUCUGAUGGCCAGGUCUGGGGUGAAGAGUUCAGGUGUGAGGGGGAGGAGCCUGAGCUCCGGGUCUGCCCCAGAGUGUCCUGUCCAGGGGGCACUUGUCACCACAGUGGAGCUGCUCAGGUUGUCUGUUCAGCAUACUCAGAGGUCCGACUCAUGAUAAACGGCUCCUCUCAAUGUGAGGGGCAGGUGGAGAUGAACAUUUCUGGACAAUGGAGAGCGCUCUGUGCCUCCCACUGGAGUCUGGCCAAUGCCAAUGUUGUCUGUCGUCAGCUCGGCUGUGGAGUCGCCAUCUCUACCCCCGGAGGACCACACUUGGCGGAAAGAGGUGAUCGGAUCCUAACAGCCCGAUUUCACUGUUCAGGGGCAGAGUCCUUCCUGUGGAGUUGUCCUGUGACUGCCCUGGGAGGGCCUGACUGUUCCCAUGGCAACACGGCCUCUGUGAUCUGCUCAG